AUGAUCACAUUGCAAGCAUACAGGGUUAACAUUGGUGUUUUUUAUAGUACAUUCUGUGGAAAAACUUGCAAAGAAAGUAAAAAGAUAUUUGGUACAUCGAUGAUCAAUAAGCAUUUUAAUUCAAUGCAUGCUAAAUGUCUUUUAGGCAUAGCCAUACUCCUCAUAAUUUCAUCAUGUAAUUUGAAUAUAGCAACUUUCCAAUUCCUUUUUCUCGCUCAAGCAGGAGAUAUUGAGAGUAACCCUGGCCCUGGAACAUAUAAUGUUUUAAAAUCUGUCAAAGCAUCUUGCCAUCAAGGUGACAUUAAGUUUGGAAAUUCUGCUGGAUCGCAGUGCUUAUGUAAUUGUCUGUUUGCAAUAUCUUACAGUAUAUAUAGGCGUGUUGCUUUGUGGACCUCAGCUGAUUUAGAUUCUAUACUAAAAAAAGGUGAUAAAAUUUAUUGUGAACAAAAUGUUGUGGGAUCACUUUCUAUUCUUAAUCUCCCAACUCUUAUUAAUUUUGAUGACAAUGACUUUGAUGUACAAAUGUUACACAAUGCAACAGGUUUUCUCCAUAAUUGCAAUGAACGUUUUUUAACUCCAUUAUUUGGAUCUGAUAAUGAUGUGGGUGAUGGAUUCUUGAUUAUUGUAUGUGGGUUCACCGUAUGUGUAGUAUGGACCAAAAAACAUUAUUUUCUUUUUGAUCCACAUUGUCGUAAUUCAAAUGGAUGUAUAUCAGAUGAUGGUACAGGAUCUUGUGUUUUACUCAAAUUUUCUUCCUUAUUCCAGGUUGAAAAGUAUAUAUGUGCAAUAUAUGUGCCCCUGUCCCAAGGAACACCACCACAAUAUGAAUGUCAAUUUAUUAGGGUUUCUAUGUUGACUUCUCAGUCAAGAGAUUCAUUGAAAAGAAAAUCACCUUUCCUUCAGACAAUCCAUGGAACCAAGAGAAAAGCAUUGUAUCAUGAAAAAAUUAAAGACACAUCAAAACAAAAAAAAUCAAAGUGUAUUGCCAAUGCAGUCUACAGAGACAGACUCAAAACCACAAGAAAACAUGAACAUAUAAAAAAGUGCAAAGCCAGUGUGACUUAUCAUAAACGUACUAUAGCAAAAAGCAGUGAGGAUAGGAUCUCUACAUUCAAACGUAAAAUAUCUGAUGGGCCAUUUUAUAUAUGUGUAUGUUGUGAAAGACUACAUUAUAGAGAUUCUGUGGUUUUGUAUGAUGCAAGGCGUUAUUCAAUUGAUGUAGAAUCCUACUGUAUGCUAGUAGAGAGUUAUGAUGCAAAUUAUUAUGUCUGUAAAACAUGUCAUAAAAAACUUUUAAAGGGGGAAACCCCUUGCCAGGCAUCAUGGAAUAAAUUGACAAUUGAUAUACAACCUACACAGUUGUCAUCGUUAAAUAAAUUAGAGAGAAUACUUAUUGCAAAACGAAUGCUUUUCACAAAAGUUAUUAUUAUGCCAAAAGGUCAAAUGGCAAAGAUUAAAGGGGCUGUGUGCAAUGUCCCAAUAAAUGUUAGUGACACUGCCAAAGUAUUACCUAGAGGGGCUGACAGUAAUGGCAUAAUAACUGUUAAAUUAAAACGAAAAUUAUGUUAUCGUGGCCAUGCACAUUUUCAAGCAGUCAGGCCAGAGUAUAUUCAAACAGCACUUGAAUUUCUCAAGUCAAAUAAUCCUCUGUAUAGUGAUGUGAUUAUUUCACUUAAUAAUAUACCAAGUGAUCUAAGCAAUGUAUCAAAUGCUACAAGUGAUGGUGAAUCUUAUGAUGAAAAUAAUGAAAAUAGGGCUAUUGAUGAAGAAUUAGAAGAAAACGAAAACCCACUUAAUGAAAUGCAAGCUGGUUCACCAGAUACUGUGUUAGUGUCCAAUAUACCACAUGUUGUCCAUGAUGAAAGUGUUGUGAUAGCUCCUGGAGAAGGAAUAAAACCUUUAGGAAUGUUAGCUGAUAAACAAUGUGAGGCAUUAUCUUUCCCAUAUCUUUUUCCUAAUGGACAAUUUGGUUACAAUGUAGACAGAGAUGUACCUCUGAGUGCAAGUAAAUACUUUAAUCAACGUCUAUUAAACUAUAAAAGACGAUUUGCCUCUGAUGUAGAUUAUAUAUUUUUUGCACAUUCUCUUCUUCAGCAAAUGCAACUGUCCAGUCAAAUAAAUAUAGCCUUGAAGAAAGUAAAGGGAGAUGGGUUGACUGCUGGAAUGUUGUCCUCCAAUUUCAAAGAAAAUGUUAAUUCAUUCAUUGCAGCAGACGAAGGAUUUCACUUUAUGCAUUCCAUCAAGGGAACACCAGCUUAUUGGAAAAGAUUUCUUCUGGAAAUUUUAGCCAUGGUUAAACAGUUGGGAUUGCCAACAUUUUUUAUGACUCUUUCUUGUGCUGAUUUACGUUGGAAUGAGUUAGUAAAAAUAAUUUUAAAAUUGAGUGGAGGUUCGAUUGCAGAAGAGGACUUAAAAAAUUUAUCCUAUCAUGAACGAUGUGACAUCUUGAAUAUGGACCCAGUGUUUAUGGCAAAACAUUUUCAAUAUCGUGUUGAAGUGUUUUUCAAAGAGAUCAUUAUAAAUGGUCCUUUAGGUAAAGUGGAGUAUUAUGCCAUAAGGGUUGAGUUUCAGUUCAGAGGCAGCCCCCAUAUACAUUCAUUUCUAUGGGUUGUUGGUGCACCAAAAUUGUUUAAAGAGAAUAAGCAGGAAUAUAUUGACUUUGUAGAUGCCAUCAUCAAGGCAGAUAUUCCUACUAUGGAGGAAAAUACUGAAUUACAUCAUCUUGUAAAAACAUUUCAAAUACAUGCACACUCAAAAUCAUGUCGAAAGUACAAAAACAUUCCGUGUAGGUAUUCCUUUGGAAAGUUUUUCACAGCGAAAACUAUUGUUGCCGAACCUUUACCUAUUGACAUCAAUGAACAUCGCAGAUCUGAAAUUCUUGAACACAGAGAAAACUUGUUGGGCAAAGUCAAGUCAUACAUUGAUAAAAAUCUAAAUCCUUUUAAAGUCAAUUUUUUAGACCCUCUAAAGGAAGGCUUUUGCCAAUUAGAUGAUAUACCUACUAUUUUAGCAAAACUUGAUCUAUCUGAGAAUGAAUACUAUAGUGCACUAGCCAUAUCAUCUGAUAAUGACUUUCAGUUGCAUUUGAAACGACCACCAAAUUCAUGUUUUGUCAAUAAUUAUUUUAUUGAAGGUUUAAUGGCUUGGGAAGCUAAUUUGGACAUUCAGCCUGUUUUCAACCAUUAUAAGGCUGUGACUUACAUGUGUGCCUAUUUUUCUAAAUCUGAGGAUGAAACUUCAGAAGCAAUGAAGCAUGCAUCAAGAGAGGCCAAAGAUUUGAAAAAAAGUAAAUUUGAACUUAUGAAGGAUAUUGCUAGAGCCUAUUCAACGAAAAGAGAAUGCUCUGUUCAAGAAGCGGUUUAUCAUAUUAUGCCUGAACUUUGGUUGAGAAAAACAUGUCCAGGUGUUACAUUUGCUAAUAGUAACAUGCCACACCAUCGAUAUAGAAUUUUUCUUUCUGAAGAUGAAAUUAAAGAAUUGCCUGAAGAUAGCAUUGAUGUGUUCAAGCGUAAUAUGAUCGACAGAUACUUAGAUCGCCCUGAUAAAAAUUUUAGAGGUGGAAAAUACCAGAUUAUUGAUACACUUUGUUAUGCACAGUUUUUAGCUAAUUACUAUGUUAAAUUGAAGCCCAAUGAUGCACAAAAUGAUAAUCAACCUAAGAUUUUAGUCGAUGAAAUAAUGGGGGCAAAUCAUUCAUCUUCUAUGUUACCAAAGACUGUUCUACUUAUGUCAUCUGUGAAAGAAACUUUGACAUGCCGAAAAGUGAAAGCUGUUCUGAGAAUGCAUUGUCCGAAAAUAGAAAAACACCCAGAAGGAUUUGCACAUCAUCAUUUAUUCAUGUAUUAUCCAUUUAGAAGUGAAUGUGAACUAAGAGGGAAAGAGUGUGGUACUUACAUGGAAAAACUGCAUGAACCUGGUGUUUUAGAAAUAAUUAACAGAAACAAACAAGUUAUACAGCCAUAUGGUGAGUUAGUAGAAACAGCUUUGAAUAAUCUCCGUAGUGAUUUACUCCAAAACCCAGAUGCUUUUGCCCAACAUGAAAAUGAUGAGGUAGAACAAAUGUUGGCCGCCACAGAAAUAUUGAGUAAUGUUCAGGAUAAUGUUGAUGAUGAUGAUGAUAUUAAUUCAGUUCAGAUAAACGAGAAUAGAAAUAUGUCAUUAUCAGCAUCUUCUGCUUUCAUGAAUGAUAAUGAAUUGAAUAGUUUAAUACGGUCAUUGAAUAACAUUCAAAGAUUGAUUUUUAAUGUGAUAAAUAAAUGGGCUAGAAAUCUAGUCAAAAACCGUAACGCAGUUAUUCAACAUAAAAACGAACCGCUCCACAUUUUUCUAACAGGCAAAGCUGGUUGUGGAAAAUCACAUUUAAUUAAUACUGUUUAUCAAUCAGUGACAAAAACUAUGAGUUACCAUGGUAAAGAUCCCGAAAAACCUCGUGUUUUACUGUUAGCCCCCACUGGCAUUGCUGCUAUUAAUAUAAAUGGGAAUACGAUUCACUCUGGAUUAAAUAUACCUAUACAUGUAUUUGGUAAAACCGUACCAAGAUUAAGUGAUCAGAAAAGGUCUAUGUUGAGAAAUAAACUUUCAGAACUUCAGUUAAUUAUCAUAGAUGAAGUGUCAAUGGUCUCCAACAUACUUCUGCUUCAUAUACACCAACGUCUUGUAGAAAUAUUUGGCUGUUCAACAAACAAGCCAUUUGCUGGAAUCAGUAUUAUAUUUUCUGGAGAUUUAUAUCAAUUACCACCAAUUAAAGCAGCACCUGUUUACUCGUCAUAUGGUAGCAACCAUGCAAUGGAAAAUGUUGAUCCAUUAUGGAGAAAGUUUCAAUUGGCAGAACUGGAAGAGGUUAUGAGGCAAAAAGGUGAUACCUCUCUUAUUGAUGUACUAAAUAAAGUGAGAACAGCCAAUAUUGAUCUUAAUUGUGAAACUUUUCUCAAGUCCCGUUUCACCACACCUAUUGACCCAAAUUAUCCAAGUGAUGUUCUCCAUAUAUUUGCAGAGAAUUCCCCCACCAAAAAACACAACGAAGAUAUGUUACAGAAAAAUAGUAACACAUUGUUUACCAUUGUGGCAUUUGACAGGAUGCCCUUAAAUGUUUCUCGUUCCCAAAUCAAUGCCGUUUUGAAUAAAAGCCAAAGUGAGACUGGUGGCCUUGCAGCAGUAUUACAGAUAAAGGUAGAUGCAAGAGUGAUGUUGACAUCCAAUGUAGAAAUUGAAGAUAGACUAAUAAAUGGUCAGGUUGGCACUGUUAAAAAAAUUGUUUCAAAUCCUUCUGGUAAUGUUGAAAAAAUUUAUAUUAAGUUUGAUGACAGUAAGGCUGGAAUUGAUGCCAUUAACAAGGAUAAUUUAGGAAAGAGACUUGGUUUAGUACCUAUUCAAAAAACAACUGUGGAUAUUAUUUUGAAGACCAAUAAACCUUCUUCUCCUGUGAUCAAGAGAACACAGUUCCCAUUAAUGCUUGCAUGGGCGUGUACAAUACACAAAGUUCAAGGAUUAAGUCUACAAAAGGCAGUGAUAAGCUUUGAUCUGGAACGCCAACGGGGGUUUAAAUAUGGACAGAUGUAUGUUGCGUUGAGCAGAGUUACAUCAACUGCCGGAAUGCACUUGAUAGGUUCAUACAAAGCGUCAGCUAUCAAAUCAGAUCCUAGUGUAACUGAUGAGUAUAAAAGGCUGCGAGAUGAAAACAUAUUACAACCGGUCGAAUAUAUUAACUGUAGUGAGGAUUCUAUCACCAUCACAUUACUUAAUACUCGUUCAUUGCAUAAACACGCUGUAGAUAUUUUAGCUGACAAAGAGUUAAUGAAAAGUGAUUUAUUAAUGUUAACAGAAUCACAAGUAGUACCCUAUCAGAGUGUUGAAGAAAUUGAGUGUACUUUGUCUGAUUUUAAACUAAUAUAUAAUAGUAGUCCUGAUAAAUAUCAAAGUUUAGCCAUAGGUCUGAAGGAUUCUAUUGUUUUAGAUCAUAGCAUGCAUUCUCCGGGGGUGAGUCUAGUUAUUUUAAAAAAAAACAGUUUUGUUGAUAAGAAUAUGAAAGUUAUACUUCUUUACAGAAAGCAAUCAUGGCUCCUUCCAUCUUUUCUUGAUUGUCUUACACAACUUUUGUAUGAUGAUAUUGAUAUCAUAAUGGGAGAUUUUAAUAUUAAUGCUUUUGAACAAAAUGCUGAUUUAAUAAGUGUACUGAGUAACUACAAAUUUAUUGUAAAAGCUGCCACUCAUUUAUCUGGUGGUCAAAUUGACCAUGUAUAUAUUAAAAAGUCUUUACUUGAGUCAUUUCACUUUGAAAGUAUUGUCCACACAAUUCAUUUUUCAGAUCACGAUGCUGUAAAGUUCAAAUUUUCAAGAAAAGAAAAAUAA